ACGCCGUGAACGCCACCGCGUCCGCCGUGACGUUGCUGUGGACCGAGGACGGCGUGGUGGACCACUACCAGGUCCUCUGCAGAGCCACCGGCACGGAGCUCAAGGUACGCGUGUAACGGACUGAGGAGACCUUAACCUUUUAUCUAUUCACAACCCGCGAGCCUCAGACCUGCAGCUCCCACGUGGUCACGGUCUCCGGCCUGAAGCCCUCGUCCUCCUACAACUGCACCGUCACCAGCUUCAGCUACAGCACGGCCAGCAAGCCGGCGCACAUCACCAUCAGCACCGCCGCGAAGGAGAUGAACCCGAGCGUGGCCGCCAUCUCGGCUCUGGCCGUCCUCAGCUUCCUGCUCCUCAGCCUGCUGGUCCUGCUGCUGCUGAUCCUCCGCAAGAAGCACCUGCAGAUGACCAGAGAAUGCGGCGCAGAGACCUUUGUGAACUUUGCUUCGUUUGAAAGAGACGGGAAGCUUCCUUAUAACUGGCGAAGAAGCCUCUUUGCCUUCCUUACUCUCCUGCCAUCCUGCCUCUGGACUGACUAUCUGUUGGCUUUUUAUAUUAACCCCUGGAGCAAGACGGCGCUAAAGAAACGGAAGCUGACGAGCCCCGUGCAGCUCGACGACUUCGACGCCUACUUCAAAGAAAUGAGCAAAGACUCGGCCUACAAGUUCUCUCUGCAGUUUGAGGAGCUGAAGAGUGUCGGUCUGGAUCUUUCCCAUGAUGCAGCUGACCUGCCCGUCAACAGGCCCAAGAACAGAUACACCAACAUCCUUCCCUACGACUUCAGUCGGGUGAAUUUGAUCUCGAUGCACAACGAUGAAGGUUCAGACUACAUCAACGCCAACUACAUACCUGGCUACAAGAACACAAACGAGUACAUCGCCACCCAGGGGCCGCUGCCGGAGACCCGCAACGACUUCUGGAAGAUGGUUCUGCAGCAGAGGAGCACGAUCGUGGUCAUGUUGACGCAGUGCAGCGAGCGCAGGAGGGUGAAGUGCGACCACUACUGGCCGUUCACAGAUGAGCCCGUGAUGUACGGAGAGCUCAGUGUGGAGAUGCUGUCGGAGUCGGAGUCUCCAGAGUGGACCAUCAGGAAGUUCAGACUGGGAUACGCCGACGAGUCUCAGGACGUCCUCCACCUGAACUACACUUCGUGGCCCGACCACGGCGUCCCCACCGUCAACGCCAUCGAAAGCAUCCUGCAGUUCGUUCACAUAGUCCGUCAGCAGGCCAACCGGACCAGAGACCCCAUCAUCGUCCACUGCAGUGCUGGAGUGGGCCGGACCGGGACCUUCAUCGCUCUGGACCGCCUCAUGCAGCACAUCAGGGAACACGAGUUCGCAGACAUCCUGGGGAUGGUGUCCGAGAUGCGCUCGCACCGCCUGUCCAUGGUCCAGACUGAGGAGCAGUACGUGUUCAUCCACCAGUGCGUCCUGUUGAUGUGGAAGAAGAAGAAGCAGCAGUCCGUCACCUCUGAUGUCAUCUACGAGAACGCCAGCAAGACAUAAAGAUGGAGGCUCCUCCAGACGCUGCGAUCACAGCCUUCCUCGUGUGCUUCAGGCCUCCGUCCUCUGGCUUCAUCAUCAGUAUUAAAAACACAAAGCAGACCAUAACAACACAAGGUUUCAGCGUUGGAUGGAG